AUGGCGGGGUCGGCAGCAGCGGCGUUGCUGGGCCGCCAGCUCAAGCAGAUGCAGACGGACAAGGACAUUCCGGGCAUAAGUUGCGGGCUGGGCGACGACAACAACAUCUUUGAGUGGGAGGUGAUGCUCAUGAUCUCCGACGAGUGCAAGUUCUACGGAGGUGUAGCUCGUCUUUCGUUUCCGCCGGAAUAUCCCCAUCUUCCCCCCAAGAUGAAGUUUGAAAACUCCAUCUUCCACCCAAACAGUGCGUUUUCCUCCUUCUUCCUUCCACACAAACACUCACUGAUCCUCUCGCCUCUAGUCUACCCCAACGGCGAAGUGUGCAUCUCGAUCCUGCACCCGCCGGAAGAGGACAAGUACGGCUACGAAUCCGCCGCCGAGCGCUGGUCCCCCGUCCAGACCCCCGAGACGAUCCUGCUAUCGGUGAUCAGCAUGCUGAGCAGUCCAAACGACGAGAGUCCGGCGAAUGUGGAGGCGGCAAGGUUGUGGAGGGAGGACCCGAAGGAGUUUAAGAAGCGGGUGCGGCAGUGUGUGCGGGAGAGUUUGGGGGAGGAGUAG